GCCUCGUGUUGGUUGGGUUAGCUCCCUCUGCCCGGGCUCAGUAACACAACUCCCACAACAAUUUCUGUCGCUUCUCUACGCAUUGUAUGGAGCCUCCAUCACCUCUCUAACCCGUUUACGGAGCCGAAACCGGGGAAAUGGCGGCCGGAUUCGGUCCGGAGUGAGGGUCGGGAAUGAAUCUCCACGAGGAUUAAUGCUUCUUAACAAUUAUUUAUAUUCAAUGCGAGCUUUUGAUUGUGACUGACUCGGCAGGAGCGAGGGAGAGAGAGGUGGGGGGGUAUAUAUCAUGGCGGCUCAGGUCGCCACUCUUAACACUAGCCCGCCUUCCGAGCUCAAGAAACCCGACCGAGACCCCAAGGAGGACUCGGGUCCGGCGGAGAAGCAGCAGCAGCAGCAGCCGGAGAAGAAGCAGCCGGGUCUGGACGGCGGCUCGCCGGCCGGCGGGGAUCUGCAGGACGGGGCCGACGCUGGAAAUGCAGGGGGAGGAGGGGAGCCCGAGAUGAAGAACGGCAACGGGAACCCGCCCAGAGCCGGGAAUAAUACCCAGAACGACUCCGCGGGGCCGGAGGGGAACAGCCACCCGGGGCUGGUGCACCACCACGGCCCCGCGUUCCCCCCGCCGUCCUACGGGUACAGCCCGCACUACGGCCGGGCCCCUUUUCAUCAACAUGGCGGACAACAAAGCCCUGGCAUGGCAGCUGCUGCUGCUGCUGCUGCUGCUGGUGCUGGUCCGGCCGUGCAGCAGAGCAGCAUGAUCGACCCGUACCAGCCCAACUCUCACGACUCCCACGGCUUCCCCAACCACCAGUUCAACAACUACAGCCCGUUCCCCCCGGGCAGGACGCCGUACCCGGGCCAGGGCUACGGCAUGAACUCCCCGCGCAGCGCCCAGGCGCCGGCGGCCGGGGCCGGGGGCCAGGGGGGCCAGCAGCCGGCCAAGCCGCAGCAGAACCAGAACCCCCAGAACCAGAACCCCCAGCAACCCCAGUCCGCCCCGGCCGCCAUGGCGGGGUCGUACAGCAGCCAGAGGUACAGCCUGGGGACCCCGCAGCCCACCAGCACGCCGACCCUCAACAAGCUGCUGACCUCCCCCAGCUCUGCGCGGGGGUACCAGGGCUACCCGCCCGGAGACUACAGCAGCCAGGAGGGCGGCAAGGGACCCGCCGACCCCGGCCAGUACGGGGCCAGCAGCACCCCGGGCUGGCAACAAAGGGGCCACCACCCGUCGCCCAUGAGCCCGGGCCCGGGCAGUGCCGGCCAGCCGCUCGCCAGGAGCCAGCCACCUGGUCCUAUGGAUCCAAUGGGGAAGAUGAGAGGUCAGCCAUAUGGAGCAGGUAGUCCAUACAGUCAACAGCCACAGCAGGGACACACAGGUCCUCAGCCUGGGCCGGGGUAUCCUGGCCAGGCUUACGGCUCACCAAGUCCCCAGCGAUACCCAGUGGGGAUGCAAGGACGUACCCCAGGAGGCAUGGGUGGCAUGCCCUAUGGUCCACAGAUGGGAUCCUAUGGACACCAAGGACCAGGAGGCUAUGGCUCUCAGGGCCAGACACCAUAUUACGGCCAGCCGGGCCAGGCCCCUCACCCAAGUCAGCAGCAAGCCCCCUACUCCCAGCCGACACCUGGACAACCCGGCGGACAGUCACCGUACCCAGGGCAGCCCCAUCCUGCACCGACAUCUGCUACACAUACACAGGGAGGGCCGCCCUAUCAGCAACCCCACAUGCCCCCUCAGUCCCAGGGGCCAAUACCAGGUCCAUCCCAAGGGCCCCCACAGUCUCAGCCACCUUAUUCUCAAGCGUCAGCACCACAGUCAAGCCAGUCUCCCUAUGCCCAACAACAGGGGCCUCCUAGUCAGACCCCACAGCAGCCAAAUUCCCAGGCUACACCUGGACCACAAGGCCAAUCCAAUUACUCAGGAUCCACGCAGGGUCCUCAGCAACCUCCUUCACAGCAACAGCAGGCACAGUCUCAUGCGCAACAGCCACCAGGACAUAGUCAACAUCCACAGGGGCAACCUGCAGCUUACCCACAGAACUCUCAGCAGCAGCAGCAACAGCAGCAGCAAGCACAACAGUCACCUUAUCAACGCUUUCCUCCACCACAGCAGCAGGAGGUAUCCCAGGACUCGUUUCAGUCCAGUGCCCCUCCAUCCACUCAGCCUAAAUCGGGCUCAGAAGACAGUCAAGGCCGACCCUCCAGCCUUCCGGACCUGUCAGGAUCCAUCGACGACCUGCCCACUGGUACCGAGGGUGCCCUGAGUCCUGGCGUGAGCACAUCGGGUGUUUCGAGCAGCCAGGGCGAGCAGAGUAACCCUGCUCAGUCGCCCUUCUCUCCUCAUACGUCUCCCCACCUGCCAGGCAUCCGAGGAGGGCCUUCACCUUCCCCAGCAGGCUCGCCCGCCAGUGCCAGCACUCCCCGCACAGGACCGCUGUCGCCCGCCAACAUGCCCGGGACCCAGAUGCCUCCCAGGCCAUCGAGCGUGCAGUCCGACGGUAGCCUGCACCCUGCGAUGAGCCAGUCUCCCAUGGCCCAGGACAGAGGGUUCAUGCAGAGAAACCCUCAAAUGCCCCCUUACGGCCCCCCUCAGUCCGCCUCUGCACUGUCACCUCGCCAGUCCUCUGGAGGACAGAUGCAUCCUGGGAUGGCACCAUAUCAGCAGAAUAACUCCAUGGGUGGAUAUGGGCAGCAGGGAGGACAGUAUGGCCCCCAAGGUUAUCCACGGCAACCUGGCUAUGGCAACAUGCCUAAUGCCAACUACCCUGGACCAGGUAUGGGCUCCAUGAACCCCAUGGCAGGACAGGGGGGAGGACCACCGUACGCUGGGAUGCCUCCAGGAAGGAUGCCUCCUAAUCAAAUGGGGGCACGCCCUUAUGCUCCCAAUAUGGGCCCCAACAUGGGGCCAAAUAUGCCCCCGAACAUGGGUAACAUGCCCCCGCAGGUAGGCUCAGGAAUGUGCCCUCCUCCAGGAAUGAACAGAAAGCCCCAGGAUCCCACUGCCAUGCAACACCCUGCCACAAACUCCAUGCACAACAGGAUGCCUGGUUUCCCCAACAUGCCUCAAGGCAUGAUGGGCUCUGGUCCCCCAUAUGCCCCACCAAUGAACAGCAUGUCUGGAAUGAUAAACACUCCAGGGGGCUCACCUUAUCCCAUGGGGCCAAACAUGGCCAAUAACACCAGUGGCAUGGCUCCGAGCCCAGAGAUGAAUAAUAAGAUGAAUAACAAGGUAGAUGGGACUGGAACGCCCAAACCAGAACCCAAAUCUAAGAAGUCCAACUCAUCCACAACAACCAGUGAAAACAUCACACGCUUGUAUCAGCUGGGACCGGAGCCGGACAGGAAGGUUUGGGUCGACCGCUACUUGGCUUUCAUUGAGGAGAAAGCCAUGGGCAUGACCAACCUGCCUGCUGUGGGGCGCAAACCCCUAGACCUUUUUCGGCUGUAUAUGUCAGUCAAGGAGAUUGGAGGAAUGACACAGGUGAACAAGAGCAAGAAGUGGCGAGAUCUGGCCACGAGCUUAAAUGUGGGCACAUCCAGCAGUGCUGCCAGUUCCUUGAAAAAACAGUACAUCCAGUGUCUUUAUGCCUUUGAGUGCAAAAUUGAGCGUGGUGAAGACCCUCCUCCUGAGAUCUUUACAGAAAACAAAAAGAAUCAAGCUGCUAAGGUCCAACCACCCUCUCCAGCAUCCCUCUGCUCCACAGCUGGGUCAGGCUCUUUACAGGGCCCACAGACUCCCCAGUCCACCAGCAGCUCCAUGGCCGAGGGGGGAGACCUUAAACCUCCAACCCCAGCCUCCACGCCUCAUAGUCAAAUGCCCUCCAUGCCUCCUGGGUCCAGGAGCAAUGUUAACCUGCAGGACCCCUUCUCUGACGGAAAUGACCCCACUUUCCCCAGGAAGAACAUGACUCCCAACUCCGUCUAUCAAUCUGGCAUGAACACACCGGACAUGCAAGGUCGAAUGGGCCCCUACGAACCUAACAAGGACCCUUUUAGUAACAUGCGUAAAGUCGGGGAGCAGUUUAUACCUGCUAACCAGGGCCCUAACAGCGUAGUGGGUGACCAACAGCAGCAGCCGCCACAACAGCAACCUCCGUUCGCCAGAGGGCCACCAGGGUCCAUGGGCACAAUGCCAAUGGGGCCCCGACAGCAGUAUCCUUAUGGACCAGGCUACGACAGGAGAUCGGAGCAAGGACUGGGCCCAGAGGGCAACAUGGGAUCCGGGGCUCCUCAGCCAAACCCUAUGAUGCCUGCCAAUGCCGACACGGGGAUGUAUUCGCCAAAUCGCUUCCCACCACAGCAGCCACGACACGAUUCCUAUGGUAAUCAGUAUCCUGGACAGGGAACGCCCCCUGCUGGUUCUUACCCAAAUCAGCAGUCUGGAAUGUACCCACAACAGAGUUACAAGCGCCCUGUGGAAGGAGGUUACCCUCCAUCAAAACGGCAUGAGGCAGAUUACAGUGGGCCCUUCCCUGGUGGACAACAAGCACCGCAGCAACAGCAGCAAGGAGGUGCACCCACUCCAUCUUCAGGACAGCAAGAGUCGUACAAUCAGUACGGCGGCAGUGGGCCCUAUCCUGGACCGGACCGCCGUCCACCUCCCUCUAGCAAUCAAUUCCCAUUUCCUUUUGGUCGUGAACGGAUGCAGGGAGCCACCCCGCCUAACGCCCAGCCUAACAUGCCCCCUCAGAUGAUGCAGUCAGGCCCUGAAGGUCCUCAGGGAGGCAUGUGGCAGGGGCCCCGAGAUGUCAACUAUCAGAACUACGCCAACCGACAGGGUGGCCCCGGAGGCCCGCCUCAGGGACCCAGCUACCCUGGCAUGAACCGCUCGGAGGAUAUGAUGUCGUCAGAGCAGCGCAUGAAUCACGAGGGCCAGUGGGGAGGUCAAAUGGGCCCUCGGCAGCCUCCCUACGGUCCGACUGGGCCUGGCCAACCCAUGCCUCGCUCAGUACAGUCCAACUAUCAGCCUCCUCAGGGCGUGCAGAACCACAUUCCACAGGUGUCCAGCCCUGCCUCCAUGCCCCGCCCCAUGGAGAGCAGGACAUCACCUAGUAAAUCCCCAUAUAUGCACGGAGUAAUGAAGAUGCAGAAAGCUGGUCCCCCAGUGCCUGCGUCCCACAUAGUGCCCCCUCCAGUGCAGUCGCCUCUAAUAAGGAGGGACAUGCCUUUUCCCCCAGGAUCCAUAGAAGCUACACAUCCGGUCCUGAAACCUCGACGGAGACUCACGAUGAAAGAUAUUGGAACCCCAGAGGCCUGGAGAGUCAUGAUGUCAUUAAAGUCUGGUUUAUUGGCUGAAAGUACAUGGGCCUUAGAUACCAUCAAUAUUCUACUGUAUGAUGACAACAGUAUUUCUACCUUUGAUCUCAACACGUUGCCUGGCCUACUAGAGUUGGUGGUUGAAUAUUUCAGACGCUGCCUCAUUGAAAUCUUUGGCAUUCUGCGGGCUUAUGAAGUUGGAGAUCCCGGCCAAAGGACACUGCUUGAUCCCGAUGCCUUGAAACGAGACUUGGAGAACACGGAAGAGGAGGAGCCUCGGGAUGAAGACAUGGAACAAGAGGAAGAAGAUGAUGAAGAGGAUGAGGACCAUGAAAUUGAGGGGCCACCUCACGUGAAAGAGGAAGAAGAUCAAGAGCAGUGUUCCCGAAGUCGAGACAAAAAGACAGAAGAGGAGGAGAGGAAGAGCAAGGCUUAUUCAUCUGGACAGACGGGCUCAUUACACUCUUUACCUGCACAUGACAGACCCAAGCAAUCGAGUAAGUUUGACAAAUUUCCCCUGAAGGUGGUACGAAAAAAAGAUCCAUUUGUGGCUGCUCAGUCAAAUAACCAUGGUAAGGUGCAAGAGUUUGACAGUGGGCUACUCCAUUGGAGUGCUGGAGGAGGAGAUUCAACAGAACACAUCCAGACCCACUUUGAGCCAUGCAAAGACUUCUUGGAACCACGACAACGAAUACCUGUUCCCCAAGCUUUACUGAAGCGGCGAGUCCUUGAAGAAGAAAUACGGGAAAACUGUUUGCCUACUGAAGAGGAAAAAAGAAAGCAUGAAGAUGAGGAAGAAAGGCAAAAACAUUCAUCUUCGUCUGAGAAAUCAACAACCUUAGAGAAGGCCGUUAGCAGUGAGGAAGAAAAGAAGACAGAUGCUGACACAAAAGAGGCUGAGAAAGGGUCUAAAAGCAACCAGGAGAAUAAUAGACCCAUUCUUUCCUCUGGAAGUAUUUUAACCCAACAGGCACAGCAGACUGGUACCAUCCUGGAGGAUGAGCCUCACAGUAAAGACGAAGGGCCGCUCAUUGCACUGGCCGACUGGCAGGAUUCAUUAGCACGUCGCUGCGUUUGCGUCUCAAAUAUUAUCCGCAGUCUCUCCUUUGUACCAGGCAAUGAUCACGAGAUGUCGAAACAUCCAGGACUGCUGCUGAUCCUCGGGCGCCUGAUCCUGCUCCACCACCAGCACCCCGAGCGCAAACAGGCCCCGCUCACCUACGAAAAAGAUGAAGAUUCAGAUGAGGGGGUGGGGCAAAGGGACGAGUGGUGGUGGGACUGCUUGGAGCUCCUGCGGGAGAACACGUUGGUCACCUUGGCAAACAUUUCAGGCCAGCUGGACCUCUCCAUCUACCCCGAGAGCAUUUGUUUGCCCCUAUUGGAUGGUCUUCUCCACUGGGCUGUCUGCCCCUCAGCAGAAGCCCAGGACCCCUUCCCCACCCUGGGCCCCCACAGUGCUUUGUCACCUCAGAGACUGGUCCUGGAGACGCUAAGCAAACUAAGCAUCCAAGAUAACAACGUGGACCUCAUCUUGGCUACGCCACCAUUCAGUCGGUUGGAGAAGCUAUAUGGGAACCUGGUGCGGUUAAUCGGAGACAGGAAGAUCGCGGUCUGCAGGGAGAUGGCUGUGGUCUUACUGGCCAAUCUGGCCCAGGGUGACACUCUGGCAGCCCGAGCAAUUGCUGUUCAGAAGGGCAGUGUGGGGAACUUGCUUGGCUUCCUGGAGGACAGUCUGGCUGCCACACAGCUCCAGCAGAGCCAGAGCUCUCUAUUACACCUACAGGGGAUGCACUUCGAGCCCACAAGCCCGGACAUGAUGCGGCGAGCUGCAAGGGCUCUGCACGCCUUAGCUAAGGUUGAGGAGAACCACUCAGAGUUCACACUACAUGAGUCCCGACUCCUCGACCUUUCUGUGUCUCCCCUAAUGAACUCGCUGGUUUCUCACGUUAUCUGUGAUGUACUCUUUUUGAUUGGCCAGUCAGCUGUAGGGAGCUGAUCCCCUCCUCCCUGGUAACCCUGGCUUGUGUGUGUAAAACAGGGCAAGAAAAGUUCAAGUGACUGUCUUUAAUUUAUGAAAAUCCUUCAGAUUACAUUCUGUGAGCCCUCCACAGGCCAGCCUUUGCUCGAGGAGGUUAGUCGCAGAGCUGUGGUGGAUUGCAAACCAGAGAGAUGCAGACAAAGUGACACUACUUGCAACAUGAAAGCCAACUGGAUGACACAGAGCAGAGCACCAUGGUUAGGAGACUGUUCUGCACUUGGAGAGGGGGAGGGGGGGGGGUUCCUUUUAAUAAAGAUAAUAAAUAAAUAAAUAGCUGAAAAACAAAAACUGUAACCAAAGUUGCUGUCUCGUUUACAGUGAGUUUGGGAGACGCAGUGUGCCCUAGCUCUCCCCUUGAGGGCACAGUGAGUCUGUAACUUGUUGAUGUUCGGAGGUGAGGCAGGCUAACUAGUGGCCUACUGGUUAUAGUUGCUAUAGUUGGAUCCUCACCAGUACAUCCGACAGUAGACAGUGCUGUCAAUAAACACCUUCACCGGGGAGGCCUGUGCAGUGUGCAGUAGAUUGUAGGACAUUUUCUGUACCGUACUGCUCUUGAGUGUAAGCAUUCUGUAACACACGUUUCACACAGAAGCUGAUGAUGCAUCUCUAGAGUUUGAGGUCAUUUUAGUUUGGUGUUAAACAGAAAAUGGCUUUCUUCCCCAAAGUACCAAGAACCAACAACACCCUUACCUCCUCUUAUCCCUUGAUUGUAUGAAUACCCUUAUGAAAAGAAAUCACCUCUUAGGACUGGUUUUCAACUUCAAAUACAGCUUUGCUGUGGUGUAUAUAUGAUGUUGUACAUUAUACUUCCUUUCUGUGUCUGUCUCUGUCUGUGUCACAUUCUCACACUUGUUAUUGGUUCGGGAUGGAGGCCGACAUGUGAGUUUGGUCUGUGACUUCCAGUCCCCACUAAUUAGAGCCACUCCUCUGGUCUCUCCACAGCUCCGUAGUAAGGCAGACACGGCUCAAACUUGUUAUCUCCUGGUAUAACGAGAAUAAACCUAGAUGAAGUACACAUUUGACAAAUUUUCUCCAGUCAUGGAUUCUGCAUAUUUGUAUUUCAGACUAUGUAGCUAAGACAACAUGUAAAUUCCUCUCUUUCCUUUUUUUUUUUGGCUCAAGGAAUAUCAUUUAUUCAGUAUGAAAUCUUUAUACUAUAUGUUCCACGUGGUAAGAAUAAAUGUACAUCAAAUCUUCGUAAGCUGUUUGAUGGUUUUGUUCUUUUGGAAUAAUGAUCACUGUAAAAAAAUGUGGGUUCACAAAGCUAUAUUCAAAUAAUUAUAAACGUAUUGACAUGUCAAUAUUUAA